UGUAUUGUAGACGAUCCUUAAAUCAGCCGACUGUAGUAUUAUAUGCACCCUUUGUAUCGCGUAGCUAAAAGGAGUAAGGAUCCGUACUCAGCCGCCGGUCGCGCAGGUUUCCAUAUGCGCAGGGAGCGUGUUAUGGGAUCUGCUUCCUCGUCUGGCGUUAUCGCAGUCCAACUCCACCAAGUGGCUACGAGUCGCGGUCCCCCAAACAAAACAUGGACGCCGUGGAGAUAGAUACGUCGGAACCACCGCCACAGCAGAACGAGGAUGCAUUUGUGGCUACAGUGGAGGAGAUGUGCCGUGUAUGUUUGGUUGGCAACCUAGGGAUGCGGGACCUUUUUCAAGAUAAUGAGGACGCGUCCCUCUCGACAAAGGCGAUGAGCUUCGCCAACGUUAAGAUGUUACCAGGUGAUGGUCUACCAGCACAGUUGUGUUGCAUCUGUGCUGACAAGUUAGAGUCAGCAUAUGAAUUCAAAUUGCAAGUGGAACAAGCAGAUGGUGUUCUGAGAGAGAGACUGCUUGGUAUGAAUAUAAAAGAGGAAUUGUUUUUCAACGAGGUUGAAGUACAGUUAGAUGCUGAGAGAAAUGAUGCUAUAGGUGAGUUAAGUGAUGGUGCCGGUUACGAAUCUGAAGUCACAGAACUAUCAGUACAGUCAGAAGAUGACAAAAACAUCCUGAAAGAUGGACAGCUGGUACUUUUACAAGUUGAAAAAUUGGAGCAGACAGAGGGAGUACAACAAAGUGCAAAACAGAAUAAUUUGCAGAAGAUUACACAGGAAAUUAGCGAAAGCAUCGGCGAGGAAUUGCAGCAGGAACUGACCGGUGCAAAGGACACAGAUGACUUGAAUCUCAUCGAAGCAUCUAGGAAUCCGGAAUCUAACAAAGACGAGACUGUCAUUCGGAGUUGUGCAGAUGCGAUUCCGGCAGACGAGCACGAUUACAUCAUACAGCUACAACACUCGACGCCCGUAACCAACCUCUCUACACCGACAGACACAAUGGAAACCACCCCACCACCUAUGGAAUCAGAACAACAGGACGACGCAGCGGAACGUCCGAAAGCGUCCAACGAGUCGGAUACCCAAAUUGAACAAGAUCAAAACAAACAGCUGGAAAUACCGGAACCGCUGAAGAUCGACGAGACGAUGGAGCAAGAUUCAUCACAGGGCGAGACCAGGAGGAGCAAACGCAAACUGGCUCGUCGGACGAACACUGAGAGGGACUCCGACGAGGAGAACUAUUUCGAGAAUCUGAAUCUCAGUUCCCGACUUAAGAAGGCGCAAGCGGACAAGGAGAAGGUUUUCUUUAUGUGUUACCUGUGCGACAAGCAAUUCCUGUCAAAGAGCGUACUAAAGGAACAUAUGCAUUCUCACGAGGAAGUUCGACGCGCCUUAACCCUGAAGAAGACGCCGGAAAAGCCGCAGAAGAUGGCCACUAUUAGCAGCGCGUCCCUACCGCCGCCACCGCGCAGCAAGACGCCGCUGCCGUCGUCUGGCAAGACGCUGCCGCCGCCGUCACUACCGUCUGGCAAGACGCUGUCGUCGUCGCCGUCGCUGUCCGAUAAGACGCCGCCACCAUCUGGCAAGACGACGCCGCCAUCCGGCAAGAAAGCUAAUAAAUGUCCUCAAUGCGGCAAAGAAUACCUGUACAUAAUUUCGUUUAAUAAGCACAUGAAGAUGCAUGAACGGGAAAAGGAAGAGGAGUACAACUCGAUGCUUAUCGACGUGCCGGUCGUCGAGGAAGAAUUUAUGGAAUUGGAUGAUACGGAUACAGAAGGUAGAAGGCGGACGAGAAGAAAAGAACGGAAAGUUUACGUGACGCCGGAUGAUGACGACGACGAUAGCGACGAUGACGACUAUGACGUCGAACAGAUCGAGAAGAACAGCGAGAUUAAGAAGAAAAAGCCAGCACCGAUGUUGAGCCCUAGCACCGAUUUCUCGUGCGACAGGUGUCUACAGUUAUUCGCUACGAAGCGAGGUCUGCAGAGGCACAUGUCCGCGCGACACCCCGCUUUCGAUUGCGAAGUGUGCAAGAAGACGUUUGAGUCCGCAAAUGUGUUGCAAAUCCACCGUACUAGGCAUGUAGUCGAGGGUAUACUGAGUGAGCAGGAUCUAGACGGGGACAUGAAGCAGAUGAGCGCCGAAAACAACGAGGAAGUAGGCGAAGGUUCUAUCUUCGAAGACGAAGGGGAAAACAGGAACGACAACGACGACGAGGGUGAGGAGAACGAGAAUGAUGACGGAAACGGCGAAGUCAAGAAGGAGUUCGAAGCGGAGGAGGUCGAAACGAAGGAGCUCAAGUGUCCUAAGUGCUCGGCGACGUUCACACGCAGAAAAACGCUAGUGAAACACAUGGAGACGCGUUGCGGGACCAACAUUUACAGCUGCAAAAUAUGCGGCCAACAGUUUUCGAAGAAGGAUCAGCUGCGUAGACAUGUCGAACAGCACGGCCGUGUCAAGACUUACAAGUGUACUCAGUGCAACAAGACCUUCGGCAAUGAGUUCACUCUGAGAAAUCAUCUGAUCUCCACGAACCACAAGACAUUCAUGUACGGACAAGAGUACGAUCCCAAUAAGCGUAUGAAGCGCGUGGCCGCCAAAGUGGCGCAGAAGAUCAUCGACAAAAUCAAGACGGAGGUCGAGAUAGAUGAUUUGGGCGACGAUGGUAAUGAUGACAAGACCUAUAAAACUUAUGCUAUACUGAGCGGUCAUCCUAAGCGUAAGCCAAAGAAAUAUAAUGGCACGAAACAUAUUGAGUGCGACCAAUGUCACAAGGGAUUAAGCUCAAAGCAGUCGCUGAUGAGGCAUCUGGAGUCACAUCAACUGAGGGAAGAGAAGUUGAAGAAGGCUGUUUUAGAGAAGAGACAGAAGAUGAAGAUCGAAAGUAACCUGGGCGAUCAUCGUGAUAACGACUCGGAUUUCGACAGUGGCAUGGACUGGCCGAUGGACAUUCAUGAGUGCAGCACGUGCAAAAAGCGCUACACCACGAAGAAGUCGCUGCAACGGCACCAGCUGUUGCAUGAGGAACCGAACUUUGAGUGCGACAUUUGCAACCUCAAGUUCUACCGCAAGGAUAAGCUGAAGGUGCACUAUGACAAGUGCUCGGAGAAGAACCCGGAUCAAGUGAGGAAAUGUAGCAUCUGCGGCGACCGAUUCGAGAACCACGAGAUGCUGCGUAUACACCGCGUGACCCAUGUGACCGAGGGCAUUCUGACCGAAGAAGAUCUAAUGGACCUGGAGCCGAUGUCUGACGGAGAGGAGAAGAAAGAGAAAAUUGUACGCAAGAGGCGCACCGACAUCGUGGGCCUCGAGUGCACUGAAUGCAACAAGCAAUAUACCUCACGAAAAGGCUUACUGCGACAUAUUCAAGUGCACGAGGGCAAAAAAUUUCUAUGCGACAUUUGUCCGAAAAAGUUCUACCGGCGCGAGCAUCUCAAGCUCCACGUGGCCAAGCACAACAUGGUCAAGCCGUACAAAUGCCACCGCUGCACUAAGCGCUUCAUCAAGGAGGACCAGCUAAUUGCCCACUUAUCCAAGCACGACCGUAUGUUUAAGAAGAAAGAAAGUGACACCACCAAGAGAUUCCUAUGCGAGAUCUGUUCUAAGAGCUUCACGCAGUCCACUACGCUGAUAGCGCACUUGCGCGCCCACAACGGCAUUAAGCCGUAUGUGUGCGAGGUAUGCUCCCGACCGUUCACCACUAACGCCUAUCUGAAGAUGCACAUGCGCACGCAUACACAGGAGCGACCGUACAUCUGCCAAUAUUGCUCGCGCGCCUUCGCCCGCGCAGAUACGCUUUCAAACCACCUGACUUCGCACACCGGUGAAGCAAAGUAUCAUUGUAAGCUGUGCCCGCGUAAUUUCCGUCGGCUCAAGUCGCUCAAAGAGCACACGUUCAUCCACACUGGCCAACGACCCUAUGAAUGUCCAACCUGUGAUCGCAAGUUCAACAACAAUGGCAGCCGCUACGCGCAUAGUAAGCGCUGCAAGCAGAACAUGCUACAGAAUCAGAAUCGUGUAGCACAGCAGCAGGAACAAGGACAGCAGCAGCAACAACAAGAGCGGGAACAGCAGCAACAGCAACAACUUCAAGAGCAGCAGCAACAGCAACAACUUCAAGAGCAGCAGCAACAGCAACAACUUCAAGAGCAGCAGCAACAAGAGGAAGAGGAGGAGCAGCAACAACAGCACCACCAGGCACAACAGAUUCUGCAGGCACCUCAGCAUGUUCAGGUGCAGCUACAAGAAGUGCUCCAGCCGAGAAUGAUGCUCGGUCAGACGCAAGUGGUGAAGGCGCAGAACAUUAAGACAAUUGCUAUCGCAAGACAGCCCGUUAUCGAACCGACAAUAGUAGGUGCGCACCAGGUGAUGCAGCAUCAGGAAAUAUUAAUGCCGUUGAUAUUGCCGCUCACCGUCACCCUCGCUGAUGUUGGCGAGGAGGUGAUACUGCCGGAGGGUACGAAGAUAUUCACGACGACGUAAUCCGGAUUGACGAUAUCUCACGGACUCGGUGAAAUACUAUUUUCUCUAGAAGAAAAGAAAGUAAAAACGAAGACACGACACAAAAGGAAAAAAGCGAGUCUGCAUUUUGACGCAAAAAAACAAAAGAUCGCUGAAGGUGAUCGACGAGUCGACACAACUCUGUCUUUGUUCACCGCCAAAACCUGACGGCCGUUUUACCGUUCACAUUUCUGCAAUUUCCGAUCACGUUGGAAAAGCGGUGCGUAACCGGCAGUUAACUGUGAGUCGCAAUUAUCCGACAAUAUCGCAGACAUCAGCGACAUUGGUAUCGUCAAUAUAGCGCAUCGUUAACGAAAAAGAAAAGCAGAGAGAAAAGGAGAGAGGUAUGGGUCGUCUCGAUGUCAUGUUCCACAUGCUAGAUAUUACUAUUGAAUAAUGCAUACAAGUGCAGAUUUCGGAGAGUAUCAUUUCUAUUAUGUAUGAAACGUUCAUAUCGAGGUUUAUUUUUGCAACGGUGAAGGCGUAUAUAUAUACAUAAUUUAUGAAGUUUCAGUAGAGAUAUGCCGCAUUGCCGAUAUGCCGAUAUGCCGAUAUGCGUUGACGACACUCGUCGGUGACUCGCUUAACUCUGAGAGGAAGCAUCGCGUGGAGCGAUCAACGGCGAGUUGACAAAGAGCACGCAUGCCGUUAGCGAUUCUCGAUCUUCCUCAGUGAUUUGAGCCGAUGAACCACUGACGGACGUCGCUGACCGCGUAAAAGAUACCUGUACAGAAUUGUAUCUUUCCACAAGGCGUGUAAGGCGUAUCAUCUGAAUACAUAAAAAACAAAGGUCUUUGAUAAAUCAUUUUACGAAAAAGAAGGAGAUACAGGGAUUGAUGAGAAAGAAUAAUAAGAUGUGUUUGUCAUAAAUGUAUAUGUAAUAUAGAUAGAUUUCCUUUUUAAGACAUGGUAUUAUCUAAGAAAAUAGCUUAAAUACUUAAAACUUAUAUAUAUAAUAUAAUAAGUAAUGCUAUAAGUCGGUUUCCAAUUAUUUUGUUCUUCCAUUCUUUUCUUUUUUCUCCACUUUAACGGACAUCCAGUGCGAGAGGUACGUUCGCGAAUCUACUGAGAGCCAUAAAUCUAUUAACGUCAUUGCUUAUUGUCUUUUUUUAUAUAUAUAAAUUUUGCCACACGCAAGGUCGUACCUUACUUACAACAUGGAGUAAUAAUAUGAAUGAUUCAAGAAUCUGACAUUAUAAAGAAUUAUCAUGAUUGGUAUUCCCAUUCCAAAAAACAAGAAAAAAAAAAUAAUGUGCUUAUUGCUUUAAUUUUUAAUCUUGCAUGAAGAAUGUAUUAAGUGAUAUUGCAACAUCGACAUCCUGGGUUUAAUUUAUAUCCAGGGACUAUUGUUUACUCUUAUAUGCUUGCACAUAUAAAGAGCUACUGACUUCUCAAUCUUUUUCUGCUGAACAAAUAAUAUAUAAUACGUGCAAAGAUCCCGCAAAAAAGUCCGAAUAUAGUAAAUUUAAAAAUUAAGCUAAUCCUGGACUACCCGCAAUUGCAAUAAUGAUUUACUGCGCUAUGUGUAACAGUUUUUAAGAUUAUUAUGACUAUCAGUUAAAUGUAUAGAUGUUUAACAUAAACAUUGUUACAAUAUAUAGCAAGGUAUGAUUUCGUAUUUAGAUUCUGUUGCAUAAAUAUUCAUUCUAAUCUUAUAUGUCGGUGGUUCACGGUAUUUGAGUUUAUCAAACUUUAUUGUAUCAACUUAUUGUACAUACACAUCGGUUCCAUUUGCGAGAGAAAGGAAUCAUUUGUAAUUUUACAAUGCAUUAUAACCCAAAGAUAAUACAAUAAAUUAUAGAACCUCGUGAUGAAAAACUUACUUUUCUUUUUAUAUCGGAUAUGUGUCUCAAUGACGGCAAUAAUGGUGAUGACACUUGGAGAUUUCAACACAUCUCACAUUUUCUUUCUGUGUAGUUGGACGUGAGAAGAAAUGCAAUAUCUUACAAUAUGUGUAAAAUGAUUGAGGUAAUGAUCAAAUUAUCCGAAUGUGAUCUUGUAGUACACUGAUAUAAUCGAGACCUUGAAUGUCUGAUAUCAUUUUGUAAUACAGCGAUAUAAACGCGAGAACUUGAAUGUCUGAUGCCACAUAGAACAGAACAGAAUGUCUGACUGCUGUGUAUUAUUUUCCACACUUACGAGCUUGCAAAGUUAUUACCGGAGGUUACCACCGGGAUGUGUGUUUUUCAUCUUGAUAAUGUAUAAAAAUGGUAUACAUACAUACCAAGUACAUAUAAUACAUAUAUAUAUUUUACAAUACAACCAUUGUUGAUAACAGUUCUCAUCAGUCUCGAAAAGCGGACGUACGCAUCAUAUAUAUAUACAAAAAGUUAUAUGUGCUGAUAGUUUUCUCGCAAGUGAAAAAUUUAUAACCGUCAUGAAUCCAUAAUUUCCGAUCUCUUUGUACAUAACCGCAAAUAUAUGAAUAAAAAAGUUCAUGACACUUA